CAGAUAAUUGAUAAUUUACAAACUGAAAAAGAUGUUGAAAAAAAUAAUCAAUCAGAUUACAUUUAUUCUGAUUUACAAAGAUCACUUUCAAAAAAAGAAGGAAAACAAAAAGUUAUAUUUGAUGAUCUACAUGUUGAUGAAAGGCCAGCUGACAGAGAUGUUCAACAAAUGGUUAUGGAAGGUUCUCCGACUUUCCAAGUAAUAAAUGAAAGUGGUGUGACAUUUGAUGAAUCAAUAAGCCCUAAAAGGACGCGUGAAGGAAAUGAAUUAAAGGAUUCAAUUUCUUUCCUUGUACAUGAUAAUACAAAUAAAGAAUCUUUAGAUCAACCUCGUGUAAAAAGAACACGUCAAUACGAAGAAACCAAAAUAGAUGAAUCUUGUGAUAAUGCAACCAAGGAAAGAUUUAACCCGAAAAAUCUGUCGGACCAAUCACAUUAUACUAAUCGCGUUGUUGAUAUGAGAAGCAAUUCAGAGAAACCUAAUUCUGAAUUAACUUUUCCCGAUGAAAUAUUUGAGAUUGAAGAAAGAUUAGAACAAAAUGAGGAGAUUUACAAAGAAAACCCAUUACGUCUAUUAAUGGAAGUUGCGUUGGUUGAUUUG